UAUAAAUUCAUACUACCAUCCAUAUGACGGUUCUCAUAACCAUACCAUAUCUUUCCUGAAUCCAUGUACUUGUCAAAAAUGAGAUUCAUAGCGAUCGUGAUCGCCUUUGGAGCCCACCUCGCUCGUUGCGCGGUGGACAUCAAUGGCAACCCGGUCACUGAGCCUCUUGAUGGGGAUGACCCAUCACCCAUCAGCGACCCAAGAACCUACUAUCCCGAUCAACACGACUGUCCACUUACGUGUUCCGACUACACGAACAUCCACAGUUGGACGCCAUACAUCUCAGUCGAACGCCUCCAACGUUGUGAGGAGCCUAUGCUUCUUCAGUUCUCCAUCUCGAAUCCGCUCGACGAUCCCAAGACAACAGUGCUCAUACGAAGCUGCACGCUUGGAGGGCAGCAAUCAGAGAUCCGGACGAAAGUUCAGUCGGUCGAGAACCCCAAAAAAGACGAAGGCCUCCUUGAAAGCAGUCUCGAUACUGCGCCAGCAUGCUUCUCCGACGGAACCCAAACCACGAGAGAUCUGAGCGUCUUUACCGAAGGUAGUGCGAAAGCGAACUUGACCGAAGCUGUCAAAGUCUUGGAGGGUCUGCAGAAUUUCUUCGAGGCCAAAGACAACUGCGACGAAAACGUCGUAUUUGCGUAUUACAAGAAGACAGUGGCAAGCAUCUAUGUCGGCAAGGGCUAUGGCAAGGCGACUGCAUCGUCCUUGUUGAGCGCCGUGAAGUCAUCGGGGAUAGGCUCUAAUAGCACUAUUGCUCAGGUCUGUGGUAGCGGAAGCCUGCCUGGGGGCGCACUCGGCCUGUUCAUCGACGGAAGUGGUGAUAUUGUGGCUGCUCAGAGAUCAGCUGCCGUGUGGAGCAAGGGAGAGUGCGUUGAGACCGAAGGACUCAGCAAUGCCAAAAGCUUGCGGAAUGUCAAGACAUGGGAAAUUUCAGGGAGAAACGGUACUGCCAGCAAUAGCACUUUGUCGGCUACUAACAUGCCUCUUCUGAGAAUGGUGCGAGGCCCAUCCUCCGAUGUACAAAUGCACAAGCGUGCAGAAUGUCGAUACAUCAGUGUUAUCAGUGGUGACGGUUGCGCCUCGCUUGUAUCCAAAUGCGGUAUAUCUGCUGCCGACUUCACAAAAUUCAAUCCGAACCCCAAUCUCUGCUCAUCGUUGAAAGUAGGAGACUACGUUUGCUGUUCGGCGGGCGACCCACAUACUGAUCCCAAGCCUGACCCGCCGAAGCCAGGAUCCGACGGAACUUGCGCAACACAUCUAAUCGUUCAAGAUGAUAGCUGCGGCAGUUUGGCUAAGCAGUACGGAAUCACUGUUAACGACAUUGAAAGAUUCAACAAAGGCAAGACAUGGGCCUGGACUGAAUGUAAAAACAUGCUGCUCGGUUACAAUAUGUGCUUGAGCGAAGGAGCAACACCACUGCCCCCUCCUCAGCAGGGCGCUGAGUGCGGACCAUUAGUGCCUGGCUCACAACAACCAUCGAACAAGUCUGCAUCAAUUGCUGACCUCAACCCCUGUCCCCUGAAGGCUUGCUGCAGUAACUGGGGCUUUUGCGGGCCAUUUCCAGAACAUUGCGACAUUCACGCUCCUGAAGGUGGGGGUCCAGGUGCGAAGCUGCCUAAUUUCAGAACUACUUGUGUCUCAAACUGCGGCAACGAGAUCAAGAAGAAUGGCGGCCCCCCUACAGCAUUCCAGCGUAUCGGAUACUACGAGUCGUGGAAUCUGAACCGUGAUUGUCUCUGGCUGAAGGCCAAGAAUGCGAACACUGACGGUAGUUACACGCACAUUCACUGGGGCUUCUUAGAGAUUGACAGCAAGACUUUCAAGCCAGUCGUUGUUGACAAGCAUAAACAAUGGGCAGACUUCAAGAAGCUGAAGGAUGUAAAGCGCAUUGUCUCGUUUGGCGGGUGGGCGUAUUCGACGGAGGCCGCUACUUACAACAUCAUUCGAAGCGCGAUUAUCAACAAUCGGGAGACUUUCGCCACGAACAUUGCGCAGUUUCUCAACGAUGAGGGCCUGGAUGGCGUGGACAUUGACUGGGAGUACCCGGGGGCUCCGGAUAUCCUGGUGGGCGGUCAACCAAUUGGUCAACCGAGCGAUGGUGUGAACUAUCUCAAAUUCCUCACAGUCUUGAAAAAUAAAGUUGGAACCAAGUCGGUCUCGAUCGCUGCCCCCGCAUCGUACUGGUAUCUGAAAGCUUUCCCUAUCGACCGUAUCGCUGCCGCCAUUGACUAUAUUGUAUACAUGACGUAUGACCUGCACGGUCAGUGGGACUACGGCAAUCCCAAUGCCUUCGAUUCCUGUGCGUCUGGAAAAUGCAUUCGAAGCCACGUCAAUCUUACUGAGACGCGAAAUUCGCUUUCUAUCAUUACCAAAGCCGGUACACCAAACAACAAGAUUUUUGUUGGGGAGUCAAGCUAUGGCCGAUCAUUUCACAUGGCCACGGACGGGUGCUGGCAGCCUAUGUGCGAGUUCACUGGCUCACGGACAAAAUCAGAUGCAACACCUGGAAGGUGCACCGGAGAGAGCGGCUAUAUUUCUCUUGCGGAGAUCAAUGAGGUUCUUGGGCGCAAUGUAGGUGCCCGGAUUUUCCACGACGGUGCCUCCAACUCGGACAUCAUACUCUACAACGGAGACUAUAUCUCCUACAUGACCGAUACGACCAAGAACACACGACGUAAUGACUGGAAGGGCCUCAACUUUGCUGGCACUAUUGAUUGGGCUGUCGACUUGCAACAAUUCACUUCCGACGACUUUGACGCACCGCCCAAGAACGGUGCUCCUGGUACGCGAGGUUGCGUCGGAGGUCGAGACAUCAACGUCAAUACCGGAGACCUCUGUGCAUUCUCCUGUUCCUUUGAUUUCUGCCCUGAGACUCUCUGCGAAUGCAGGGUUGAAGGCAAAAUCAAGGCUCUACCCGCAGAGGUCGGUGGCAUGGACGAUAUCAUUGCAUGGGACGAACUUGACGUGGAUCUCAAUCGUCUUUGCAGAUUUGCUUGCAAGCAUGGCUACUGCCCAGACAACGUCUGUACGCACCCCAUUGUCGAACCAGAUGAGGAUGGCAUUGUGAUGUACGACCCCGAGAACGACCCGACCCAAUUCGACUAUGACGCAGCACGGAAGGCAAACGAGAUGAACUGCCUGAUCUACAAAGAUCCGGAGUUUCGAGAUGCCAGCGUGAACCAGUGCUAUGCUCCGUGCAAGCCUGCGAUGGACGAGGCUGAAGCGGAGGGUCGAACGACCAACUACGGUUGUGUGGGGUUUUUCCCGACAGCCCAAUAUCCGGACGGAAUACCAUGGCAGAAGUAUCCAGGGACAAGCUAUGAGGUUGCGCCAGCCAAAUGUUCGUGUGACAAUUGGUUACUCAAUGAGAUCGCGGACACCAUCAUCGAAGCAUUGCCAAUCAUUGCCCAGAUCGGAUGCUAUAUCCUCAUGUCUUCGCUAAAAUUCGUCCUCGAUGUUGGCGUGAAUUUCCUUACUGGAGGCGCCGGGAAAGCUAUAGACGCUGGUUUGGACAUGGCCGCCACUGCUGCGCAGAUGGCCUCUUACUUCUAUCCAGAGGAAGAAGACCCAGAGGGCGCAUUCUCAUGGUGGCUAAGCCCGUGCGGAGGAACUGAACUCGUCCCAGAUGAGAUCAAGAAGGUCUUCGACAUCCUUAACAGCAUAACAGACGGCGUGUCGAGUUUCAAGAAACCGAAGGACGACAAAGGCAAAGGUAGUGGAAAGAAGGGCGAUGAAGCCAACCCUACGGACCGGAGCAAGCCUAAAGGCGGCACUGGAAAGGGUCCCAACGGCACUGGUGGUUCUUCCACGAAGAAAAAAUGCAACAUUCGCCCGGGUGAGGACCUCAAGCGAAUGGGUGCAGCGAAGAACACACUACGAAGUCAGAAAUGCGUGGCCGACAAAACCCAGAAGAAUGACAUGAUUGUCACGUCGCUCAGCUAUAAAGCCAAUCCAACUCAACUUCCGAUUAUAAAGAACUGCGCAAGAGAACACACACAAGCCUGCUACCACUACAGCUCGGUUAUACGUGGCAAUCCGGCAUGGCAGACGCUGACCUGCCCACCUGAGGCCGCAGCAACAGCCCAUGAGAUGAGGAGACUUGCACCUACGUCCUGGAGUAAUCAACAUGACGGCACAGGCUGGCAAGAUGAGCAAUACCGGCGAGAAGAGUUUUGUGACAGGGACGAGUACCCUCCGUUGUACCUUCUGGGUCCACAGAGCCCCGCGUACCUUAACAGUGGACAAAACGUCAAUGGCCAACUUAUACGCUGGAUACCCUGGAAUGAAAACCAAGGUGCGGGCAAUAACUGGAAAAGUACAUGCUUCAUACCACCGUUGGAAGGGUCUCGACUGAGCGACGCCGAAUUCGCGAGAAGAUUCAAUGCUGCGAACAAUAAAGUCAAUCGCGUCAAGCAGAUGGUGACGCAGACGUUUGCCCAGAUCGAAGUCGAUCAUCGACCGGAGUUUAGCUUUGGCUCUUGGGGACACACGGGACAGGCUGAUAGGGACGAUGGACUGUGGGACAACCCGUGCUGGCCGAAUGUGCUUGCUCCUGAAGACCCCGGGUUUUGCAUCAUGAAUUUCGAUCCGUGGUAUAGGGGCAUUCCACCGCCAUACAACUACAGAGCGGCCGCGCCACCGCCGUAGGUGGAAAGAACCCGGAUGGAUUGCCCAAACAAGGUGCGUCUAUCUUCUAAUUCAGGCUAGCUGUCUGGUGUUGCUUACUUUUAAAUAUCUUUGUUGGUAGCAUAUUGACGGGUUUGAAAGUAGGAUUCCAGAUCUCCCGGAUGUGCGUAACACGUUGCUCGUCUUGGCUGGAGAAGUUUGGACCGUGUUCCUUAGGUAUCCAACAAUUGCUACUUUUUGUAUUGUGAAGACAUGGUGCAAGCGAAGUCUCUGCUGGAAAGGAGAAAUAUCAAACUUAAUGCAUAACUUGACUAGAAGAAAUGAC